GGAGAAUUAAUUGCUGAACGUCUGCAGUCCACCAAAAAUCCCAAUAUAUAAAAAGUAGCUCCCAGAGAGAUGGAGAGGGAGCAUAUGUUUGCCUGUGUGUAUAGGUUAAUGCAUGUUUGAAUAUGCUGUAUGUGUGUGUGCACGCUGGAAACGGAGGAAGAGAAGGAAUGCACACAGAUCCCAACCAAUCUAUCUUUGGUUGGUGCCAGUAACCACCUCCCUCGUUUCUCAACCCUUAAAUGCAAAUAUUUCAUUUCAUUUAAAAGUUCCCUGUCAUGCUUUGCCUCGGUUCCCUUAAGAGAGGUCAGAAAUCAUCCUGGUGCUGGGUGUCGCUGGCUGUUGGCAGGUGCGCAGGCAGGACGGCGUGUUGGUGGCGGUGAUGUGGCACAGCGGGCAGCCAAUAGCGCACCCACAGCACACGAACAGAGCCUUUGCCGGGAGCUAGUUCUCCCUGGGGGCACUGCAAAGCUCCUCUUCGUCUCUGGGUCAGUCCUCGUCUCGACCACUUCAGCAGAGCUCUCCAAAGGUCGGGUCGUGCUGCAAUAGCUCCUAAAGUUUUAGAAAGACUCGAGCUUAAUCAGCCAGACACACUUCAGCAGCUCUGUGCAUUACAUAGGCAGUUAACAUCCUGCUCUCUGCGUUUCACUCUGGGAAUUACUGAAAUGCUGAAUAAUGGAGAAGACCACAACACUGGUCUCCCUAUGGAAGCAGCCGUUUCAAUCUGGUACUGAGAUCUCAUGGAGAACCUGAGGAGGGGGAUGGCUCUUCAAAUCCAUGAAGCCUGGAUACUUCUGUUUGUAAUCCCUGCUUUGGUCACUCCAGCUGCCAUCACUCAUGAAGACUACCCUGCCGAUGAAGGGGAUCAAACCUCCAGUAAUGACAAUCUGAUCUUUGAUGACUACCGAGGGAAGGGCUGUGUGGAUGACAGUGGCUUUGUAUACAAACUAGGAGAACGUUUUUUUCCAGGACAUUCCAACUGUCCUUGUGUCUGUACUGAGGAUGGACCUGUCUGUGAUCAACCAGAAUGCCCUAAAAUCCACCCAAAGUGUACAAAAGUGGAACACAAUGGAUGCUGUCCAGAAUGCAAAGAAGUGAAAAACUUCUGUGAAUAUCAUGGGAAAAAUUACAAAAUCUUGGAGGAAUUUAAGCCCUCGCCAUGCGAAUGGUGUCGCUGCGAGCCCAGCAAUGAAGUUCACUGUGUUGUAGCAGACUGCGCAGUUCCUGAAUGUGUCAACCCAGUCUAUGAACCAGAACAGUGUUGUCCUGUCUGCAAAAAUGGUCCUAACUGCUUUGCAGGCACCACGAUAAUUCCCGCUGGCAUCGAAGUGAAGGUGGACGACUGCAACAUCUGCCACUGCCACAACGGGGACUGGUGGAAGCCAGCGCAGUGCUCCAAGCGCGAGUGCCAGGGCAAGCAGGCUCUGUAGCGGCAGUCCCCCUUGCCAGCGGCACCGCCAGCCAAACAGCCAGCUGCUGCUGCUGCUGCUGCUGCCGAGGACGGCGAUGAUGACAAAGGAAUGGCUUCGAUGCUGCACAGGUGUCCGACCUCCCAUCAACUGCAACAGGGUCACCAGCAAAUCCUGCGAGGGGUUCACACAAGCAGAGAAUUUUACUCCCAGGGAAGGGCCUCCCUCUCCCCCCUCUCCUGCUGUUCCCUCGCUUCACACACUAUGUAUCCAGUAUCUAGGUAUCUACUCUGCUUUUGUAACUACCAGUGCUCGGUAGGGACGCUGUGGUCAGAUUUGGGGAGGAAAGGAGGAAAAAGCAACCCACGCAAGUUCUUGGACUGGUGAUGGCUCCAAGACACCGACUGGUUCACCGCUCUCACCUUCUACAACGUGGACUGUGGGGUUUUCCACUUUUAUUUAAGGGGGGUUUGCUACUGCGGGUUUGGGUUUUUUAAAGCCUAUUCCUAAGCUGGGAUCAUCAGGGCAACACAGCUGUGAGUGAAGCGAUGGAUCAUUCUCAUCGUGUCUAAAAAGGGGAGGGGGGGGCUGGCAAGGACAGGAGGGAGGUAGAAAUCAAAAGAGAAAGGAAAGGGUUAAAAAACCCCAACAAUCUGGAAUGUAACCUGCAGAAGGACCAGGGUAGAUGCACAGGUAUAUGACCAGACACCCCAGACACAAGCUGUAUCUGUGUUCUGCUUUCUCCACUGAGUGGGGACAAUAAAGUUGAAGACACCUACACAGUCACCGUGACCUUGAUCAGAGCAUGAGCCAGCACCAUCUGCACGGCCAGGCAGGGCUUACAAUUCAGCACUGGAACGGCACCAGGAAAGCAACAUCUUCCCUAGGCUGUGUCUAUGUGAUGCCUGGCUGGGGCAUGGGUAGUGGAGGAGAGGGAGGAGCAUCUCACCUGUGCCCAGCUCCACUUGCUCUUGGGCUGAGCAGCUGCCGAUGUCUUGCCUGAACACUGCUUUGCUAGCACUGCUUCUGCUCUUGCUGGAGCCAAGGGCAUUGCUCCUUGACUCCAAUGAUAGCAGGACUCAGCUGCCAAGAGUUAAAAUAUCUGAUCCUCUUGCUUUGCCCGUUGGCCUUAGGGAGGUUUCCAGACACGUCUCAUCAAUGUGCUGGCACUAAACUAUCUCAGCUGGCAGGUAAGGCCCUUUACUGCAGCGUGAGGGAGCUGCCCUGGCUCUCUUCUAUCCCAGGGAACAUCCACACUGCUGGGGAUACAGCAAGUGAGGGUGCACAGGGGCACUGAGAAUGGACUGGCCAUGUCCACAGGAAUCAGAUCUUGGUGAAGUUUUUCUCUAGAAAAUGGCUAAAUGCCUGCCUGCUGAGAGGACAAGUCCCUGUGGUCCCCACCAGCAGCUGAGGGUCCCCUUGGGUUUUUUUUGGCACCUCUUCCUUUCUCAGGCUGCACCUUCCAAGUGAUACUGUGAGAUUAAAAACACUAAUGUAAUUUCCCUGCUCUGCCCUGCCCAGGUGAGCACGGGAACCUUUCCAAUCAUCAUCCACACUUGGUUUGCUGCUGUUCAGUCAUGAUCGUGAGGAUGACGAUGCUCGUUUUGUUCAGGCAUCGGCCUAGUGGCUGCUCUUAACAGCAAUGGCAGCAAAUCCUGCUUACAGCAUCCUCCGAGGGAGUGGCAUGGUCAGGCUCAGUUUAUGCACACUGUUGCCUUUACAUUUUUCUUUCUUCCCUGCUUUCAUGGUUUAGGGGAGGGCAGGGGUCAGGGUGAGCACUAGUGCAGUGAUUGCUGUGCUUUGGCUGGCACUGCCUUCCUGCAGGUUGAACUAGUGCCGUUACAGAAGUCAUCACCACAUUUCUUUGUAAGCUGCUGCCUGUCAAUGCCUAUCCAGUUUCAAACUCUUCAAACAAUAGUGUGCCUGAAACUAGUGAGAAAAAAAAAAUCUGUAAAAAAUGGGGAGGGGUCUAGAAACAAUAUUUGAUGUGUAAAAGACUAUAUUAUUAAAAAAAAUAUUUUGUUAAAUAUAAAGUGUGUGAAACAGCAAAA